UGAAGAACGUGCUUUUUGGAGGUUCCUACUCGGGUGUCCCAAAGGUAUGGGUGGAUUUUGGCAAUUUCAGCAACGGUGGGAGAAGAAGGCUUGAGUAUCUUGAGCUCUGAUUCUCGAGGAGGUUCGCACCUUUGAUUCGAGAAGACUUUGGAUCUGAUCCCAUCGGAUAGGGUCAGAUUGCUUUAUUUGCGGUUCAGUAAAAAUAGUCAGAAAUGACAGCCUCGUGAUGGAUGUUCACCGCCUCACGGCCGUAGGACGGGCAUACCCUCCCGGGAUGUACGCAGGGAGAGAUCCUGAAAAUCGCGCGGUGUGGAAGCGUCGCACGUUAACCCUCCGAUAUCGCGCUCCCAAAGUUUGUCACUGGAGUCGGAGCCUCCAGCGUAUCUCAGAAAAGUUAGGGAACAAUGAAAGGGUUACGCCCGUCCGUCAUUUUAUCACGGCAAUCAGACGCGAUAGAGCUCGACAGUCCCGAGAGCGAGCACCGCGCCGUCACUGAGAGUUUCCACAAUAAUCCCGAGACGAGCCCGGGAGAAGUGAACUCUCAAGGUUCUGCGAGAGAUAGGAUUAGCCCCUGCUCUCGUGAGAAUAUAAAGAAUUCCGUGAUAAGAUAAUCAAAACAUGAUAUUGUCCAAGAUGGCUACCGUGUGGGGUAUCCUCUCGGCUGGAAAGAUCUCCCACGAUUUCGUGACUGCCCUCCGAUCGCUUGAGAACCAUGAAGUCAAAGUCGUCGCCGCGAAGAACCUGGACAAUGCCAAGAAAUUCGCGGCACUGCAUAAGAUUCCCGUCAUUCUGGAUAAUUAUGAGGACAUCAUAACGCAGGGCGUCGACGUUGUCUAUUGCGGCUCCCUCAAUACCCAGCACUAUGAGCUGGUGAAGCUGCUCCUCGAGAAUAAAAUCCCCGUGCUCUGCGAGAAGCCCCUCACAAUGUAUGCUAAACACACACAGGCAUUGGUGAAAAUCGCGCGGGAAAAUAAGGUUUUCCUGAUGGAGGCGAUAUGGUCGAGAUUUCUGCCGGUCUACGAUGAGCUGCGGAAGAACCUCCCGUCGAUCGGUGAGAUUCAACAAGUGAACGUGACCUUCGGUUCCAAAGAGAUAAAGAAAUGUGAGCGCGUCACGAAGCCAGAGCUCGGGGGAAGCUCCAUCCUGGACAUCGGGGUGUACUGCGUGAAUUUCGCGCAAUUGAUUUUUCAGGAUGAAGUUCCCGUCCAGAUUCAAGCCGUCGGCGAUAUCAGCUCUGAUGGCGUCGAUUUUCAGACGGCUAUGAUUUUGAAAUACAGGUCUGGAAAAUUUGCGUCACUCACAACUUCUCUUACGGCGGACCUCCCGUGCGAAGCGAUAGUUCAUGGCGUGAACGGUAGCAUCAAAUUGGCCAAUCCGUUCUGGUGCCCCGAGUCUCUCGAUGUGAACGGUAGGAAGAUUCAUCUCCCGUUUCCCGAAACGUUGCUCCCUUGCAAUUACGUCAACAGCUCCGGAUUAAGGUACGAAGCGAUGCACGUACGCGAAUGCUUGCAGAAAGGCCUGACCGAGUCUCCAGUGCUACCCUUAGACGCUACCUUGAAGAUCGCCGAGAUCAUGGAAAUUUGCUUGAAGAAAGUCGGAGCGAAACAAUGGCAAUGAUUGUGGUUUCGCCGAUGCCGACAAGAAAUAAAUCGUUGUCGUAGCCCC